AUGGAGGCUGUAAUGAGACAAAUCUCUAUCAGCCACCCGCCUGGUCGCCGAACAUACGACGUUGCUGCUGCUGUCAAAGUCCGGACGCGCCUCACUGCGGAUGAGCUAACCAAGAAGGGGCGACUAGCCUGGCAGAACCUACGAUACAAGCAUCCGUUAAUGGCAAGCGCUAUCGUCGACGGCAACUGGAUAUACAAUGUGCCAUACGGCAAGGAGUUAGAAGCCUGGACCGAAAAAACCUUCCUGUCCGUGGACUCAUCCCCAAAAAGGACCGAGGAUGUGCUUAAUAGCUUGGGUCCAGCGGAACUUCCCAUGUUGCUCCAUCUCACAGACCGCAAUGAGUUCUUGUUGAAAUUUACACACUGUCAUGCAGAUGGCCAAGGGAUUGCCAUGUGGUACAAUGAUUUCUUACAUGGGCUAUCGCGUCCUACAACAGACACCACCCAAUGGAAACCUGGAGAAGAGGUCAAGAACCUCCCUCCUGAGACGUGGGAUGCGGCUGAGAUCCCACGGCUCCCACAAUCAUGGGUUGAGGAUCAUCGAGGGUUCUUUCCGAAGAAGCAGCCCAAAGCACCGAAAACCUUAUGCUUAGAAGCAAAUCCUACAGAAGCGCAUCGUCCGUCGAUAUACGAGUUCGAAAGAUACCGAUUCUCGGUUAAAGACUCAGAAACUAUCAUUGCCGGGGCGCGUAAGCGAGGAAUCACGCUUACUCCGUUUGCUCAUACAGCCAUCGCCCUAGCUGCAAAGGAGCAGGCCAAUCUACCUGAUGGUGUCCAACAUAACACAGUCCUGGUUUCAAGCCUCCGGGGACAAUGCAAAGGACGGCCUGAACUUGGUAGUCAUGCGGUUGCACUGCGCUUUGGAUUGUGGCCUAUUCAAGUAGGAAUUCACGAUUUCUCGAAAACGUCCAAGGAGUUGAUGAAGUGUUAUUCUUCCUACAAGAGCAAUAUGACGUCGUAUAUACCGAUUAUGACAAAUGUUUUGGCCGACAUGGAUCCCGAUGUCGUAAAUGAUGUGAUGUCUACGAUUAUCUUUAGUAGCGUCGGGGACUUGUCGCCCUACAUGAGGGCUUCAUAUGGCGAUAUUGAGCUGGAGGAUUAUUGGGCUAUCAAUCUUCCAGCAAAUUCAUCAAUAUUUAUCGCUAUGGAGUCCCGGUUGGGUCAAUUGGAAUUGAGGGCUUGUUAUAAUGGCGCUUUCUAUGAGUCGUCUCGCAUCAGGUCUUCCUUGGAUUUAACAGGCAGGUUUCUUUUGGAGGCUGCUACAUGA